AUGACUCCAGACAUUGUGAAAGAUACGGCAAUUAUGCGAGCUGAUAUGCGCGCCAAACUCGAUGAGUGGGACGCGGAGAUAAAGCUUUUGAUGGCCGCAUCUGAGUCCAGACGAGCGAGAGAGCGUGUUUUCGUUGUUUUUUUUCCCUCCCCAAGGAACUACAACUCAAAAUCUGGAAAGAAGCUACAAUUCGCAAAGACACAAGUCUUGACGUCGUUACUGAGGUAUUCUAUCUUCCUGGUACGAGAGCACAGCCAAACCCCUCGAUUCGUCUCAAACAAAAAACCUUCUCCCCUUCUAUACACCUGUCAAGGCUCACGAGAAGUGGCCUUCAAAGAGCACUACACCCUUGCUCUGCAAUACGACAAAUGCCUCCAAGCUUCAUAUGCACCCGUCUACUCUCACCCCAACGACAUCAUCUAUCUCCAAAUCAACGUUGAAGAAGAUCCCAGCAUCCUCAACCGAGAAAUUGAAAACUCACACUAUACCAUCCUCAACGCCGUCAAUCAAGGCAUCACAACCCUCGCUCUCAACUUUGAUUCCUGGUCUCGCAGAGCCUUGGUCCAGCGAACCGAACUCUUCAAGAAGCUCGAGCAUUUGUUCUUUGUGGUAGCGGUCCCGUACGGUGAUUAUAAGAGAAGACGUUUGUAUAUGUAUCCGGAAGAUGAUCCGGAGUUGAGAUAUGUGUCCAGGGCACAGGAUCACAUGUUUCCUAGAUUGAGACAGAUCUUUGCAAAGUUGAAGAGGGAGGAUCCCAAUUGGGAACCUCCUGUGGUAGAGUUAGUGAGCAUGAACAGAGAGUGA